AUGAUGGUAACGCGCAAACACUACCGCUAUAUAUACCUACAAAACUCUCAUUCUCUCAUUUCCUGCUUCGUUCAUUUCGAGUUUCCAAGGGUAUGGUACGGUGCUAUCUGCCCGUGCUUCCCCUCCUUUGCUUUGCUAAGAAAAAUUUUCUUUUGUCAGCAGCAACAACACGCUACGCUCUGCGCUGUGCUACGAAGUGGUCUCUGUGGCAACGGGGACAUUGUACCCAUGCCCGCUCGCAGGGAGGUCUGGGUGUGGGGCGUGUGCGACCUCGUUGCCAUGGCGAUCGCGCGUGGGUGUGGUCUUUCCCCAAACGGUUGCCCGUUGCUCCGGAUUUCGCAUAGUUGUCGCGUAAACAAAAAACACGAGAGAGGGCGGACGGCGCUGAAUAGUGGAAGAUCGCGCGAUGUCAAGUAA